AUGGCAUCCUUCUUCCGCCUCGUGUUGGCGUUGCUCCUUGGCAUCCUCGUCGCCGUACGGGCGCAGGAAACGACGAUUUCUGCCACCAAACUCACUUAUCCGGCAUGCGCUACAAAAUGCAUAGCUAGCGCUUUUGGUGGCGGCUACUGUGCUCCCACAAACCAGACUUGUAUUUGCACGAACCAGCAAUUCCAACUAAACGUCACGCUGUGUGUCUCGGCAAGUUGCACGAUACCAGAAGCUCUCGCCACGAAAAAUGCGAGCUUAACAAACUGCGGCGCUCCCGUGCGUAAUCGAUCCGGCGAAUAUGUCGUCCUCUCCAACGUCAUGGCCAUCCUGGCAGCGGUCUGCGUUCUCAGCCGGUUCGGAUACAAGAUCUUUCUCGCGGGACUCGACGUCGGCUGGGAUGACUGGUUCGUAAUGGCGACGUUGAUCGCAGCCAUGCCGAGCGCCGUCAUCACUGUUCAUGGAACCACUGCGAACGGUCUGGGAAGAGACAUUUGGACGCUGACGCCUGAGCAAAUCACCAACGUCCUCUUUUACUUCUAUAUCAUGGCCUGGCUGUACUUCUUGCAGGUGACGCUGGUCAAGCUCGCCAUUAUCUUCUUCUACAUGCGCAUCUUCCCCGCGCGAGAGGUCCAGCGCGUUCUCUGGGCGACGACAAUCUUCAUCAUUGUGUGGGGGUUCGCGUUCGUCAUCACUGCAGUUUUUCAGUGCAAGCCGAUUCACUAUUUCUGGGUCAAGUGGGAUCGCAUGCACGAGGGCAGUUGCGCAAACGCAAACGCCAUCAGUUGGUCCAACGCCGCCAUCAGCAUCGCGCUAGAUCUAUGGAUGCUCGCAAUCCCCCUCUGGCAGUUGCGAGCUUUGCGACUGCACUGGAAGAAGAAGGUCGGAGUCGCGUUGAUGUUCAUCGUGGGCACAUUUGUCACCGUCGUGAGCAUCAUCCGAUUGCAGUCCCUGGUCGACUUUGCAAAGGGAUCCAACGCUACCAUGGACUUUAUCGACGUUAGCGUGUGGAGCACGAUUGAGAUCUGCGUAGGCAUCAUGUGUGCGUGCUUGCCGUCCAUCCGCAUGAUCUUGGUCAAGAUCUUCCCGGCUAUGUCCGGCUCGACACUUCGUAGCAAGGGACGUCAAUAUUACCAGCAGUAUGGGAGCGACGUCAGGUCCAAGAAUGCCGCUCAGCGCAGCCAGGCUCGGACUGUUGGUGUAGUCACCGUUGACCGGUCCAACUCCGUUCACGAUGCACAUGAUCGGCAGAUCAAGUUCCAGAAGACGUUUACGGUAUCCUAUAGUGAUAGCGACGAGGCGGAUCUUGUGCCGAUGAAUAAUCUCCAGAAGCCGGGAAGAGUUCAUCGCUAG